GCAAUGGCUAGGUUAGAAAGCAGAAGCCAAACCAGAUUCGCUGCAGUCUCGAGUAGAACUCGUUCCAGUGAAGUUGUUGUUUUUGUGAGUUGUGCGGAAUCCCCAUCGAAGUGAGAAAAUGUCAGAGCUACCCGAUGUUCUGCAGAAGAUAUUCAAGCAUGUUGACGCUAACAAGGCGAAAUACAUAGAGAAUUUGCGAGAAGCAUGUGCAAUUAAAUCAGUUUCAGCAUGGCCUGAUUGCAGACCCGAGGUUCAGCGUAUGGUCGAAUGGACGGCAGAAAAACUUAAAAAACUCGGUACCCAAGUCGAAUUGGUAGAUGUGGGUGUGGAAACUCUUCACAAUGGGCAACAAAUCCCACUCCCUAAUGUGCUUUUAGGAACGUUGGGAAACGACAAAUCCAAAAAGACUGUUUGCAUUUACGGCCACUUAGAUGUGCAGCCGGCAUUGAAAGAUGAUGGUUGGAAUACAGAACCGUUUGAGUUGACUGAAAUCGAUGGCAAGUUGUUCGCUCGCGGAUCGACAGAUGAUAAAGGACCAGUUUUAGGAUGGAUACAUGUGAUUGAAGCAUAUCAAGCGCUUGGAAUCAAACUUCCUGUUAAUAUCAAAUUCGUGUUCGAAGGAAUGGAGGAAAGUGGCAGUACUGGUCUUGACAAUUUAUUAUUCGCCAGAAAAGACGAUUUUCUUAAGGAUGUUGACUAUGUUUGUAUAUCAGAUAAUUAUUGGCUCGGCAAAACUAAACCGUGUAUUACAUAUGGGUUGAGGGGAAUUUGUUAUUUUCAUAUUGAUAUUGAAUGUGCUUUGAAAGAUUUGCAUAGUGGAGUAUUUGGAGGUUCAGUGCAUGAAGCAAUGGCCGACCUGAUAGCCAUGUUAGAUACACUUGUUGAUUCGGAUGGCCGAAUUUUGAUUACAGGGGUCAAUGAUGACGUUGCACCAGUUACUGCGGGUGAAUCAGAAAUUUACAAAACUAUAGAUUUUGAUGUUCAAGAAUAUAAGAAGGAUAUUGGUGCUGGUAAAUUGAGGCAUAACGAGGAUAAGACCCAAAUUUUGAUGCAUCGCUGGAGGUAUCCAUCGCUUUCAAUCCAUGGCAUUGAAGGUGCAUUUUAUGAGCCCGGUCAAAAGACAGUGAUACCUCGCAAAGUCACUGGAAAAUUUUCUAUUCGGAUUGUUCCCAAUCAAACACCUGAGCAAGUUGAAAAGUGCGUUGUGAACUAUUUGAAUAAGAAAUGGGAAAAACGAGGAUCACCAAACAAGAUGAAAGUUUUUAUGGCCGGAGAAGGUGGUAAGUCGUGGACUGAAGAUCCUAAACAUCCCCAUUAUACCGCUGCCAGAAAUGCUACGAAGCAUGUGUACAAGGUCUAUCCUGAUAUGACUCGUGAAGGAGGAUCCAUUCCUGUAACAUUAACUCUUCAAGAGGCUACAGGUAAAAAUGUUGUUUUGCUGCCAAUGGGUGCGUGCGACGAUGGUGCUCACUCGCAAAAUGAGAAAUUGGACGUUAGAAAUUACAUUGAAGGGACUAAGCUUUUGGGCGCUUACUUAUAUGAAGUGUCUAAAUUGCCCUGAGCAGGCGAACUAAUUAAAUGCCUGUUGUUUAUUCUGUAUAUCAUUGAAAAAAUAAAUCAACUUUGGAAUCAAAAAAGUA